AUGAACGCUCCCUCCGCAGCGACUCCGGCGCACAUAAAACCCCGGGCCUAUAAAAGAUUCCUCACUUCAGCUUUCCAUACCAGAUUCGUCCAUGCCGCACUGCUGUCCUUGUUCAUAUGUUGGGACCAGGCGGUCCUACUAGCACCAAACUAUGACAUUUUCUGGUCCUGGUUUCCACUUGGGCCUGCUGGGUUGCGGGCCCUACUCUACUUCUUCGCCAUCAUCUUCAUCUUUAUCCUCCAGGUCGCGACGGUGACGGUAGGCAAGCCGACUCCGACAUCUCCAUUCCAGCAAGUCCGCCAAAGCCUGUUCAGUGCCUCGACUUUCAAGACAUGCUUUUGGUACAUUGCUUCGGCGUGGUGGUUUACCGAAGUGUACAUAUGGUCUAGCUCAAACAUGACUUGGGUCACAAGGGGCGACAUGACUAUGCUUGACAGGUUGAAUGAGCGACCCAUCUGGUUCCGUGCAUACUUCACUAUGCUGGGUAUCGUGCAAGCGAUUAAGCAUGUCUACUUUGCGCAGUCCACCCUCCAGCUCCCCAUAUCCGAAGCACCAACGCCUCAGGCAAAAGAUCAGCGCACUCAUCCGAUCUCCGAUACUUGGGUUUUCCUUCGCUCGCAAUCGUAUGGUGUAGCCCUUCGUUGUAUGAUCUCAUCUGUUGCAGUUGCUUGUGGAGGGCCUUUCGUCUAUACGCUACUUUUACGCCAACCAUUGUGGCAGGCACACUUAGCCAUUGCUAAGCUCUUCUUCAAUAUUUCGAGAAGUGGCAGCCGAGCCACUGGCAUCCCUCCCAUCUUCGGUACAAUGCACACCACUAUCUAUGCUGGGUUUUGGCUCAGUAUGGCUUGGGAGUUGUCUGCAUUGUCCCUGGUAGCCUACUUCAAGAAACCACCAGUCAAGAAUGACAUUCCUUGGACCUCAUCUGGCAAAGAUCCUAAUGGGUCGCUGCUCAACGGAAUGAAACUGAAGCGUGGCAUUCUGAAGACUUUCGCUUUCUGGGAAUUGGUGGUCAUUGCACAGAACCAUCCAGAGAGACGAAAGGCCAUCUUUUCUGAUAUCGACAGACCGACCGGCCCCGUCUGGUCACAAAUGCUGGCUGAGGGCCUCAAGGUAAUCAAGCAGAUUGACGAAAGAAUACAGCCGCCACCAGCAGCGAAUCCCGCAAAUACAGAACAAAAUCUGGCUACUCUACCAAAGAUAUUGAAAGCGCCCAGAGAAACAACUAGGAUUCAAGAGGAGAGGAAUAUUCUGUCACAAAAGGAGAAAAAGGACGCUCGAGCUCGUCAGAGACUUCUUGAGAUCGCCGAUGACAAAAUCAAACAGCUCGGAUCUCAUUCCGAGCCACUUCGACUACCCAAUGUCCCAGAUACCGCCAACUUUGUGGGAAAUGCCAAAGGCUACUUCGGGUGGUUUUUUGGCUCGUCCAACACGUCGAGAAUUAACGCAACCGUCCUUGGAACUCCAAAUAGCGACUCUGCUACCAUCGUGGACGCUAUUGAAGGCAUUACGAGAAUGCUUUCUGCUAGUUUGCAAGAUGAUGCAUACGGCAAAGCCAUGGCGGGCGUUCCUGAGACAGUCAAGCAGUUCACCAAGACCAUUGUUCUCAUUGAAGGCUUUCUGCAGCAAACGCCUCCUGAUGGCAACAUCAGUGAUGUCGAGCUCAUCUUGAGAAGACUGAAGAGCGGGCUGUCCGAGCUGUUGUCUGCAUUCCAGAUGUUCCUGGCCGACACUGGGCUUGGCAUAGCCGACCUAAACGCAGCCAGAAAAGCCAGUGGUCAAUUGGAGGCAGAGAAGGAGGAGCAGAAAAGAUUACGAACGGAGGCGCCACGAAGAGAGCCUAUCGAGUUUGAUGACGCUCCAGAACGUGAGGCCCAGCCCGUCGAGAGCUGGAGAGAAUGGAACAAGCCGAAGUCGACCACGAAGCUGUUUCCUAAUUACGAUCCCCAACCACGAACGAGACGGCAGAUAUCUGGGGGUAGAGCUGUGAACGGGCAUGCUAAUGGCACACUAAGAAGCAGAGAGAUGGAGCAAGUCCGGUAG